GCCGCGGGACCGGCGCCGAGUGACCACCAGUAGCGCCGGCCGGCCGCCAUGUCGCUGUCGCUACAGCCUCUCCGGCUGGCGGGACGGCACGUCCUGCUGCUCGCCUGUCUGGUCUCGGCGAGGAUCGGCUCGCUCUCCGCCGAGGGCUGCUACGACGCCGACAGGAACAUCAGUCGCGCCCACGGCGAGCAGUGGCUGCUGGCCGACUGUGGCGGAGUGGCCCACUGCAGGUACGGCAGCACCUACCUGUUCUCGUGCCCCAUGGCGGCCGAGUGCCGCCGGAUCAGCGACGGCGACGCGACGGCCACCUUCCCGCGCUGCUGCCCGCGCUUUGCCUGCGACGCCUGCUACUCGGAGCAGCUGGGACGCCAGUUCAGCGGGGGCAGCCACUGGACCGAGAGUCCGUGCGUGAAGAAAUCGUGUCAGCUGGGCUUGUCGGGCACGAUCUACGUGGAAGACGAGACGUGCGAGCCGCUGGGUCCGCCGCCGUCGCUUGACUGCGAGGUGAUGCUGCAGGACGAGUCGCGCGGCGAGUUCCCGCUGUGCUGCGCCCACUACCGGUGCCCGGGCCUGUGCCGGUCCGGGGGGCGCUGGGUGUCGGCCGGCCACCGCGGGGACAGCUGCCACGAGCACUCAGAGCAGGCCGGCGACACCGACAGCGGCUCCUGGGGGUUCUGGUGAGCGGCGCAGUCUGCACGGACUCGGAGGGGCGCGGUGCUUACCACGGUUAUGGUGAGCCGUGCCGUCUGUCUGAAAUGUACGGUGUACGUACAUGCUCACAUGUGUAUGAUAAUUGCUGGCCAAAUGAUGUUGAAGCAUGGCAGACCAUCUUGGUCCACUCAUAAGCGCUUAUGUGGUAGAAACGCACCCACUCGCGUUACACUAUCAGCUUCAUUGACCAGUGACCUUACCAUAGACCAUUGCGUGCAGUAUGGAGCGGUAGUAGGUAUAGGUAUAAAGGUCCAUGCGUAUACAAAGCUUGUGUGUUUAUUUUCCAUGUAUCCGGGCAACUAUGAAAUAAAUCAAAGACGAGCGUGAUA